UGGCAUUCUUUUCCAGUAAAGACUACGACAAGAAAUUCAUGACAGCUGCAAACAAUGCUCUUGCUCCCGCACACCGGCACACCCUUACUUAUUUCGACGCUCAUUUAGAAGAGAAAACUGCCUCCUUGGCAGCGGGUCAUCAAGUAGUAUGUUGCUUUGUCAAUGAUGAGGUGAACUCUGCCGUAGUCGACCAAUUCUUAGAACUAGGCGUUGACCUUAUUGCGUUGCGAAGUGCAGGCUGUAACAAUGUAGACCUCGAGUACGUCGCCAAAUGUGGGCUGUCCGUUUUCCAUGUACCGGCGUACUCACCUCAAUCUGUAGCUGAACAUGCCUUGGCUCUAUUGCUGACCCUGAAUCGCAAGACACACAAGGUGUACAACCGCGUGCGGGACGGAAAUUUUUGCUUGGAGGGGAUGUCGCCCGGCUUCUCGCUUGCCGGGAAAACAGUUGGCAUCCUUGGUACGGGAAGGAUAGGCGACAGUUUUGCCCGCAUCAUGGUUGGCCUUGGUUGUCACGUGCUGGGAUACGACGUGAUGGAGAACCCUGCACUUCUCGCUUUGCAAAAGAAAGGCAACAACAUCGCAGGCUGGGGCAGCUUUAAAUACACGUCCAUGGAUGAAGUGCUUCGGGCCUCGGAUGUUCUUUCUCUCCACAUGCCCCUUACUCCGGACACGCAGGGCAUAAUCGGGGGGAACAACCUCAAAAAGAUGAAAAAGGGCGUAAUCCUCAUCAACACUUCUCGCGGUGGGUUGGUGGACACUAAAGCCGUCAUUGAAGCCCUCAAGACAAAACAUAUUCGCGCUGUUGGGCUCGACACGUACGAAGACGAAGAGGCUUUUUUCUAUCGAAAUCUGUCGGAGGAGAUAGUAAAGGACGACCAGCUCUCUCGUCUCAUGACUCUUUCGAAUGUACUAAUUACUCCGCACAAAGGCUUCUACACACAAGAGGCUCUCUCAGCUAUUGCAUCCUCUACCAUUGCCAGCGUUUCUGACUUUGAAGGUGGGAUGAAGCCGGACUCAGCUAUCAUCUACAAGGGAACUGUGAUCAAAAAGCUGCAAGGAAGCGGUAACAGCUUCCCCGAUGAAGUCCUGACUACGGCUUACACCGGCAAAGGAAAAGGCCUCGUGUCGACCGCUGGUCUUUCCUUGCCGUGCCCCGACCAUGAGUAUUCCCGAGAGAUCAUAGUGAAAUAAUAAGCAUGUUGUGAGCGUUGGUUGGGCCGGACAUGAUGGCGAAAGCGUGCAAGGUGUUUGACGGUCGUGUUUAGCAACACAUCGCACGAAUACAAAGGCAAGCAUUGGGGAACCGUAAAUUCAAUCAGUUGAAAAUAUCUGCACCACUGCUUCGCACUUAUAGCCUGUCGAUGGGAGAAAACUUAGUUAUGCAGAUGCAAAUGGGAAGAAGUGAUGAGCAUAUUCCAUGAACCAUUCGUCGCAUAGACAAGGUUGCAUUGGUGAUUAUUUUGCAGAAAUAGUGCUUUGUACGCUUGGUUUAUGGUUUUCAAUCAGAAAGCAGUGCAGAAGGAAGGGCUGGUUGAUCAAGCCUUUGGAUGUAGCUGUUUGAUAGAGCAAUCGAAGACUUGUAGCGGACCGAUGCAAG